CAAUUCUCCUUGCAUACUUUUUGUGACAGAUGAUAAAAAUAGACAAUCUUCAAAUUUUUUUUUUUUUUGACAUGAAAUGCGUAGCUUGUAUUAAUCAAAGAAGCGUCUUGUCCGCAAGAACAAGAUGAUAAAGGUUUGGUGGACAUUCCUCCAUGAAUACCAAGGGCUCUUCAAAGUGAAGGGCUGCCUUAGCUAUGGAGUGAGCUACUACAUUACAGCCGUGACUUCUUUCCUCUUUCCCUGGAGCAUAUCAAUCAGCAAAGAGCAAUCUGACUCCAUCUCUAUAGACCGUAGUCCUGCUUCAAAAGCAAGUUUCAUCCCAAAGCGAACACCUUCAGCCUCCGCCUGCAGGGCACCCAUAUUCCCUUCUAUGUUUCGUCCCCCACUCAUCAUCACGUCACCAAUUCCAUCCCUUACAAUCAUCCCCAACCCGAUUGCUCCCACCUUUGGCACAGCUGCAUCAGUAUUCAGUUUAUACAAAGUGCUUUGUGGGGGUUUCCAUGUUGCGUUAGGUACAGCUCCUCUCUCUAACUGGUGUUGUCCUCUUACUGUUGCUGCCUCGAACUCCCCUAAGUAAGUCAGCAUCUUCGAGCACACCCUCCCAAGAUCUUCCUUUCUUUUUUCAAAAACCCAUUUAUUCCGCAUAUUCCAGGCCUGCCAUACCACCAUCAUAGCUAUCUCCCACAUACGAUCCACUUUACAUAGCUUUGCAUACUCCUCACACCACACAAAGAAGUUGCGUGCCCCUUCCUGUGCUUCUAGAC